AUGAGGGGCCUGCUCGUUCAAAUUCUGUGCAUCACACUCUCUGAGGUCGUGCUGUGUGCUGCUGACUCUUCUCCGCUAAGCGAAGACACGCUGAAAAAGCUGUCUUCAGCAGGAGAGAAGUAUGUUGAUGAGGAAAUAAAGCGGGCUUUACUCGGGGUGAAGCAGGUGAAGGAAAUGAUGGAGAAAAAGGAGGAGAAGCACAGACACCUGAUGGAUGCCCUGAGACACAGCAGUGACAAGAAGAAGGGGGCGAUGCAGCUGGCCCGGGAAACGGAGCAGAAACUCGAGGAGGCCGAACUACAAUGUCAAGAUUUAACCAAAUCGUCCUUUGAGGAGUGUCGACCUUGUCUUGAAGAUACUUGUAAGGCCUUCUAUACCUCCACAUGUCGGCGUGGCUUUGCUUCUUUUUCAUUCAAGGUGGAGGAGUUUUUCAGGAAAAUGGCCGCCCAGUUGGAAGCUACUGAGCAUGUUUCCAAUCAAAACCAGGAGAAAGUAGGUCGGACCAGCUCGCCUCAGAAUGAGGUCGAAGAGGGAAACGCCGAUCAGGAGCUACUGCUGGCAGAAGCGUCGUUCAACCAGCUGCUGUCAAACAUCAGCCUCCUGUACAACCAAAGCGUCAUUCUGGUCAAGAAGAUGCAACAGGUGUUCGGUCACUCCUUUCUUGUGGCCUUCACCACAGAGCUUAAACCUAGCCCUCUGUCAGGCGUCCAGGGUGGCUCGACUGCAGGCUUCUCCAGGACCACGGAUCUGGACCACAUCCUUGAUUCGGUGUAUGACUUUGGAAGGAAUGUGCUGGAAGAAUUCAGCUCCACAGUGGCUGAUGUGUUUGAGGAGAUACAAGAAGCUGAGGAGUAUUUUCAGCAAUCAAGCAGAGAUACAGGAUCACUCGCCGCUUUGGGACAAUCCCAGAGCAGAUACAUGUGCAGACGACUCCGCAGACAAGCAUCAGAGUGCUGGCAGCUCCAAGACUUGUGUGAGACAUGCGAGGAUUAUCUAUUAAAAGAGUGUCCCAGUGUCCAGCAGUUGCACUCUGAGAUGGAGGAGAUGUACAUGCUGCUCAACGCCUCCCGUCAGCAGUACGACGACAGGCUGCAGCUGGUUCAGAGACACACGGCGGACACACAGAGAUGGCUCGGCAGCAUGGAUGACAAGUACGGCUGGGUCAGCCAGCUCUCCAACAGCACAGCCGGCCCACACAACAUCUUCAGCGUGAUCGGGGUGACUCCACAGCCACAGAUGAAGAAUAUCAGAACUAAACCAGACAGCAGUGUGGUUGUAACCAUACUGGACUCUGGCCCAUUAUCUGUACUGGUCCCAGCAGACCUGGAGGUGGAUGAUCCUGCUUUCAUCCAGUAUGUAGCUCAGGAGGCUCUGACACUACACAAACGGCAGAUGAGAGGUACUGAUCCAGGCAGUGUUGUGGUUUAG